AUGGAGAAGGGUGUCACUUAUUCAUGGGGAGCGAAUCAGGAGAAGGCCUUUCAGCUUUUGAAACAAAAACUCUGCAGUGCACCGAUAUUGUCUUUACCCGAUGGUACAGUUGACUUCGUGGUGAACUGCGAUGCUUCUAUUCAGGGUCUCGGUUGCGUUUUGAUGCAACGUAAGAAAGUGAUAGCCUAUGCUUCUCGACAGUUGAAAGUUCAAGAGAAUAAUUACAUGACUCAUGAUUUAGAGUUGGGAGCCAUGGUCUUUGCACUUAAAAUUUGGAGGCAUUGCUUGUACGGAAUAGCUAACGUUGUAGCUGACGCCCUCGGCCGGAAGGAAACCAAGCCUAGACGCGUUCUAGCCUUACAGCUCACUAUCCAUUCUAACCUUCUCGACCAGAUUCGUUCUGCCCAAAUUGAAGUGUUGAAGGACGAGAACCUUCAAGCUGAAUCCAUUCGGGGCAUGGAGAAACAACUCGUAAUCAAGUCUGACGGUAUUCGCUAUUUUAUGGAGCGAAUAUGGGCCCCUUUGCACGGUAAUCUGAGAGAACUUAUGAUGGAUGAAGCGCAUAAGUCUUGGUACUCUAUUCAUCCGGGUUCUGAUAAGAUGUAUCAAGAUCUGAAAAUCUUGUACUGGUGGCCGAACAUGAAAGUGAACAUAGCGGCGUAUGUGAGCAAAUGCUUGACUUGCGUGAAAGUUAAAGUGGAAUACCAAAAACCGUCUGGUUUGCUUCAACAGCCAGAACUGCCUAUGUGGAAAUAG